UAGGAAACCAAAAAAUGAGAGAGUAGAAGUGUUAGUGCGAGAAACGGAGAUUUUCCGACCGACUUGUUGUUAGUAUUCGUCAUAUACCGAAUUAAGUAAUUCCAAUUUGUAUUAGAUUUUCUCCUCUCAAAGUAAAACUACCACCACUACUUGAUAUCUUUGAUCAACAUGGCGAAGCCGUUCGAGGGCAUUGCAAAGCCGACCGGCGCUCCGGUGUUGCGCCCUCAGGUCGGUUUUUGCAUGCGCGCAAAGAUCACAGGAGCAGGAGAGGACCGAACGAGCAUGGAAGGCAGUCGCAUGUACUUGAACUUCUGCAGCCAUCCUUUGAUCGAAAAACCGAAGUUGCCGAACAAGGAGAGCGUCACAAAAGACUGGCUAUUGAAGCAUGGGAUUGGAAAUAUGCAGGUAUGUUGUAGUAUAAAGAUUAAUAUUGUUCUUGUUUACCAUUUGUGUGGUGUGUCAAUUGUAAGUAAAGUAGAUUUAUUCCGGAACUAUUUGUGUACAGUAGUUUCUACUUUCCACGGUUUUCCGUUCGUUUUCUUUUCAAAUUAGGCCUGUGCAGGAAGUUUUUCUUGAAUUUGUCUUCGACUUCUACCUCUUGCGAUACAAUUCUUUCAUCACUUGAAUCUAUUGAGCGACAAUUCAUCUUCACCACUUCUUCCUCUACUUCAACGAUUACUUGAGCCAUCUUACAGAUCCCUCUAGACAUUGGCUCCUAUCGGAAGUUGAAGCUUGCUGCAGAGGGCGCGAAAAAUAGCGCGUUUUGUUUGGACGUGGUUUUCCAUCCGACAAUGAUCGAACUUUUUAUGAACGACGCGUUCAACAGGUACAAAGAUAUCUUGUUCACACCGAACUGCAAGGCACCACUCUUCAAAUCAAAUUAAAGAUCAAGUUUGAGAGGAUUUGAUGUGGCCUCAUUGUGUCUUUUUUGUUAGUAUGUAAUGCUGUAUGGUUGUAGAAGUAAGUUUAAAAGUGGUACAAAAUAAUGAGACAUACAGAUUAUACGGCUCCAUAUGGACGAUGACGCACAUGAUCCUUUCACCACACAUUCUCCUUACAGCUCCAAAAUGGGACUUGCGAAUGACCAGAUGAACACCUUUCGCGCAUACUUAUCCAAUGUCGCUUUCAAUAUGGUAGAGCGCGAGCUAAAGCUCAAGCUCUCGCGAGCGGAGAAGGAUAUUAAACUUGUAAAAGAAACGAGGUAUAAAGACCCUGAGAAUGCCAAGGGGAGCGAACCAGUGAAAUUAUGGACCACGUCGUGAUGAAGAUGGUUUUCAAGCUAGUAGUGGAAUAGAAAUUUCAAGUACUUUAUUCCAAUUCGUAACUUCUGGUCGACUAGACUUCUAAGCGUGAUGUGUGGAACAUCAGUUGUAGUUCUCGUUUUAUCAGAUGAAGUUUUCGUCUUAAUUCUAAUGAUGAUAACUUAAUUCUAAUACAAGGAAAAUAGGUCAAUCUUAUUCUGGAUACUUGGUAAUGGUAUUCAGAUUUUGUCUUCUAAAGUCAGACCCUCGACCGCAAGAAUUUCGGGAGAUUUUUACGGAAGAAGCUGUCGAGGAAAUCAGAAAGGAGAUGGAAGCCGAGAUGAAAAGGGAGAAAGAAGUGAAGGUCACAGCUCCUACGGCGGCCGCAAUGUUAAGACAAGAACCAAAAUGAAAGUAAGUCUCACUCACUGCAUUGUAUCCUUGGGCAUUUUCCAGAGGGAAGAGGGCGUCAACAGGGGUGGCCCAAGCGAAGGAUUCGACCGCGGCAACUCUAACAAUUAGCAGCGGCGAUUUGGGUAGCGGGCGGCUUAAUCUACCUGGUGGCGGUGUCGUAGGCGGGUCCUCUGCCUCCUCGAGUGACGGAGGCGACUUUGUUAUCCGGGAAAGCAAGCCGAAGGCUGCGCCAUUAAAGAAGCAAAUGAAGGGGUUUUUCGGAAAGAAAGGAGCGAAAGGAGCGCUUUACGGUGAUGGCGGAAGCGGCGAGGGUGUGUUGCCAGAAAACGCUGGAGACCCGAUGGGCUACCUCCCGAAAAAACUUCUGCAAACGUGCAAAAUCGUCGAUACGGGGGCACCAGAGUACUGCAACUUUUUUUGAAUUGAUAGCGAUUCUACAAGGCAAUGAAUCAGGAACGCCAGGCGCAGCCGUUGCCUGGUUUUCUGCUGCGGGAUGGUGCAGGGGCGCCGCGGUUACGCAGCGCCCAUGACUGACGCAGGCUCCAUGGAUGGGCUUUUGACAAGGCGCGAGGCCGAUUGACAAGGCGCGGCCCUUGCCGCCCGCGCACGUUUUGCCUGGUGCGGGUGCUUUCGCAGACCGACGCGGCACGCAAAUAGCCGAAAAGUCUAUCGCCUGCUAACCAAUGCGCAGGGUGCUGGGAUGCCUGCUGAUGCGGGCCCGCUUGCUUGAGAUUGGCCGAGAGUGUGAGGAGGGGCAUAGGGCCCGGCAGGAGUACAGCGGGGGCGCUUUUGGAAAAUCUUCGCGCAGGAGAAGGCCCCCCGCAUGAUACACGAGGAAACCCUGGGCCGCCAAAGCUUGUCGCUUCGUAUGCCAUGCAUUCGCCAACGACAGCAGGGCGAUAGUGUUCCACAGGACGCAGCACCGGGGGACUGCUUCGGUUUAUGUGAGGAGAGGCAGGCGCCUGCUCCGGCGUUUCGCACUAAUACGCCGGGGAAGAAACAACUCCGGCGAGAUUCUCUUCUCGUGUGACUUUCGUGCUAUGUCGAAGGUGUGGCCUGGGCUCGCUCUUGUGCGGUAUGAUCCGGCAACAGCCGAAGCAGCGGGCUCGCAUAUAUGAGACGAAGCCAGAUCGUUGCGGUGCCGUCUCGAGAGGCCAGGCGUCGCGCAUGUGGCGACGAACAGAGGAAGGCGAAAGCCGGAAACGGGCAAGGCUGGCGGCGCGGCCGCCAUUGGUGGACUGUGGGGAAGAAGGGGGCAACGGCAAGUGGCUGCGGAUGCGGACGGCUUGGCGAAAGUCCUCGAAAGAUUUAGGCAAAGCAGCGGGCUCGAGCCAUAAGAUUCGACACGGUCAACGCUUUCACAGCUGGGGGCAGUUCUUGACACGUACCCCGGUCGGCCAUGGCAAUGCGCCCAGGCCGGCGGGAGGCCUGGCGCUUUUACUCCUGUCCAACUUCGAAGCGGCAGCCGCCUUGUCCGACCGCACCCCCCUGAGAAAAACGGGCUCAUUAUUUAAAGAAUCGCAAACCUGUUCGCAGUCGCCUGCAACGUGCAGCGGAGCCGCGAAACGUUUGGCACCCUGGUAGGGCACAGGGAGGGACUAUUCGUAGGAACAGUCUCCGCGUAGAAAGACUGCUCACCGUAAGGCUUUCACCACGGCGGGAAAAGGUACGCAAGACGAAGGGAACCACGUCUCAAAUCAGACCUCCAAUCAGGGCGCGCAGUCUGGCGCUGAGCGCUGAAGGAGAGAAGGGCCGGGAAAGGGAAUAGGUGCAGGGGCUCCAUGCUAUUGGAAAACCCUGGGCACGUUGGAGCCAGUUUGUCGGCUUCUUGACUUGUGUCGGCUUUGUCAGGAAUGCGCCCGAUCGCGAUGCAUCGCGUACUUACAUCGCAGCGCCGCAGGCCUGAAAGGUAGCGCCCAAGAAUCAGCCAUCGCGGAUAUGAAACGACGCCCGCGCGCUUCCAUUCCGCGCGCCAUCUCUGAGGCUCUCUCUCAGGCUGCUCCCUGCGGGUGGUGGCUCUGGCGGGUCUCUUUGCAUGCUGUUCGACGUGUCUGCCGUGGUGGUUGUGAAUCUGGUCAAAGCUGUGGCGUGGCAUCUUCGGCACCACUUGCGGCAGGGGGUUCGCUCCGGGCAGCGUCGAGGUUUGGAACUGUCCCCAGCACCGGCGGCCCGGCAGCUUGGAAGAGCCGCGCAAGGAGUGCAAGGGGACCAAUGGCGAAGGCUGCGACCGCCCACGCACCACACAACUCGCACGCGCGCGAGCGGGCAGCGGCGGGCUGAGGGCAAACUUGCCUGGCCGUAAAUGUAUGCGAAGCAAGCAGGGAAGAAGCUACCACCUGGGCGCAGGGUGGGCGCUAGGGAAUUUGCGACGAAGACGAGCGGCGGCCUCGCGUGCAAGGCGGCACCGGCGAGGCGCAUGGGGGCCGCGCUUGCGACGCUGGUCGACGUGUCCGUGAGGAAUUCGGACAGCCUCGCCGGGCUUAGCCGGAUCGAGUCUGGCUGGCCGCUCGUGCCGUCUAUGUCUGUGUCGCUCGGGUGACCUGGCGCGCGGCGGGUUCUGCGCGUGAGCCCCUGCCGCGGUUUCUGGCUGUCUUGUCUGUGUUUAUUGCGUGUGUAUUUUGCGUGAGGAGUUAUUCUCAUAGCAGACGAUACGUGUGCCUUCCGCGCUUCCUCAGCUUCCUUCUUUGGAUUCUUUCUUGUCGUUGGCAUGCACACACUUCAUUCAACCAUGAUGACACCGAAAAACGGAACUUAUCGAUCCCAGAGCUUUUCUUUGUCCAACAAAAAGGUACCAGGCUGCGGAGAAGCAGCGUCGGGAGGCAGAAGCGUCGAAUAGCGAUAAUAAUGAGAUGCUCAAGGACCUGGAGAAGUGGGCGAAAAAGCAAGCAGGAAGGCAAGAUCCUUGUAGUCGGUGGGCCGAGGACAAUCCAAUAGGUGCGGACGAUGACUUUGGCAAAAAGUACGAUGUUGACUAUGCCAGAUUUGACAAGAUUUUGGAACGGGAGGAAGCGGCUGAAAAGAACGAGACGCCAGUUGUACAAGAUGACAGGGAUUGGUACUCCUAAGAUGGUCCUCCUUCUUUUGUCGAUUGCAGCGAGGUCUGAAACCACGUGCAUUGAUUGAUGAUGAUGUAGGCAGUGUGCAGAUUUUUAGACCUCAAGGUCGAGAUUACUUGUACAGUGCGACGCCUGUAAGAUAGAAGUCUUCGGGCGAUCGUUUCAAUUGAAUAUCUUUCACUCCUCCUCCGUAAGGUAUUUCGACAGCAAGGGAAAUCCAGUGAAGAAGGGUGCAAAGAGUGGAAACGAAAUCCUGUCCAAGGCAGAGCAGGCUGAGUUCAGAGGGCUUGCAAAAGGUUGGUUCGACAAGCUCGGAGAAGCAGAUAGCAACCGCUCAGGGGAAGCAGGCUCUCUAGCAGAUGGCCUUCUCGAUAUGCUGGACAAGUUCGAGGACCCUUCUGCGUUGCAAGCAACGAAAAGUCAAGAACCUGUGGAGUCGACCGCAUCAAAUUUACGAAGUUGGAUAUUUCGCACUUCUUCUUCCAACCAUCGUGAUGAUGGAAGAGAACAAACGCAACCUCAUCAUUUUUCGUCACAGAAGUAUCUAACAGAUGCGUGUAAGGAGCAGGUAUAGUGAAAUAGGUUAAAUGCAUCACACUUUUUUGAAGUCAACUUUUUUUUCGCAAGCACGACACCUCUAAGAUCAACGCAGCCUGCGGAAGGCAGUCUCGAUUGCACAAUAACUCGUUCCGGAAAGGAAUUCACGGUUAGCAUCGCAGACUGCGAACGGCCUCGCGAGGUUGACAUCGAAGCUCGUGAGACCGAACUCCUGCUGACCUAUGAUGGGCAGAUACAGCGGCUUUCCCUUGAGGGACAACAGAUUCUAGCAGACGAUAUCGUGGCCAAGGCAUCCACGAAAAAGAAAACGCUAGUUUUGACAGUGCCCACCGCGGAUCCAGCAGAUGGAUUGGACUAGUGGAUUUUGCUACUGGGUCACCGCGAUUGCAUUGUGUAGUUCCAAAAUGAUCAUAGGCAUCAUAAGCACAUCGCAUUCAGCGAAAUCGGUUUAAGAACAGGGACAUCUUCGGCUCAGACUUCGACUUCGACGCAUUGAGUUUUUGCCUUUUAUUCUCAUUACCGCAUGGUCCUUCUGCCGCUUCAGGGAACGACGAUGUUCCGGUUUUUGUCGCGAAAGCCAGAGACGUUGAGGAGAAUGCUGCGGAAGACUGGUGAAAUAGCCUUUUUAGUGUACCGCUAUCGAUUACUACCGUAAGCGGCGUGAAACUGGAGAGCUCUGCCUGCUUGCGUUUCGCAAGUGUUCGACACGUUGUUUGUUGCAUGCCUUCACAAGAUCCCGACGCUGAUUGCUUUGUGAGUAUCGGUGGGGAUUGUCGGAAC